AUGGGAGUUAUAACCAUUUGCGAUAUCGACUAUGGGCGGAUAUUUGGACCAUUUCCGGUACAGGUGGCGCUGAUGGAUCCAACCUAUGUGAUUGGCAUGCUGACACAGGACACGCGACACGAUUCACCCGCUAUUGAGGUGGAUCCUGACGCCAAUGUUGGCGUGGCGCGUGCUGACGGCUGGUUAGCGUACAUUCAGCCCGCCCGCGAGGAGGAGGAACAGAAUGUGGAGGCUUACAUGAAGAAUGGUCAGGUAUUCUACCGGACAUUACGAAUAAUCAAAGCCGGCGAAGAACUUCUUGUCUGGUACAGUAAGGACUUCUGUCAGCUGAUAGGCAUCCCCGAUGUCAGGCGGAGUACCAUUCAGGAGAAAGUCAACUAUGUAUGCCAGUUUUGCGGAGAAAAGUUCCAGUAUCUAUUCCCUUUGAGAGCACAUAUGCGAUUUAAAUGCGACAACAAAAGAAAAGACAAUCGGUCAAUAUACGAAAGAAUUCAAAACCAGGAAAUAAAGAGUGAUACGAAAUCGUUAUGCCGAGUAUCAAACAGUGAUAGACUUUCGAGCGAUAUCUGUCGUCUCGGAUUUGACCAGACUAACGAGGAUAUCCUUGUCGGUCGUAAAAGGCCUGCCAUGGAGAACAAUGAUCAUAUUGAAAUUAAAGUGAAAAGUUAUGAGAAUGGUGAAAACCAGUCACCGCCACUCCGGAACAAGAAAUCACCAGAGAAGGACUAUAAUGCUAACAUAAGUAUAGAUGUAAAAGAGAGUAAUACCAGCAAUCCAAGUGCGUUCAGGAAAGUAGAAAGAUCUCUAUCGCCACAAAAUACGGUAUCCUCCUCUUCGUUAAUAAAUGCUUCAAACUGUGAGAUCAGACGCAAUGCAAACUUGCAUAAUAGCACAGACAGCAGAACAGUAUCUUCUUCAAAAGACUUUGUGAUGCCGACAAGUUUAGCGACGUCAUCGCUCCCUACGUCACCUUUAAUGGGAUCUUCGUCACUUCCGGCAAACGUUCUUGAUCCUCAGUUAAGAGCAUCAAUGAUGGAAGCAUAUAGGUUUGCAUUUCCUCAACAGUACAAUGGAACACAAGAAUCAAUGAUGAGGAGUUUACACGGGAUUGGAGUCGAUCCAUCGAAACAAUAUGGAUUUGCUGACAAAAUAAAUACUGACAUACCAUAUAUAAAAAGCACGAACCCUAUGGUGGAGCGCAUCUUACACAAUCCUAAUACACCAGCCAUGUUGCCAUCAGCGAGCAUGGUACCCAGUCCCGCAAUGCCAAGUCCAACAGGAAACGCCAUGCCUGUAUUCCAGAAUUGGUGUGCAAAAUGUAACGCUUCGUUUAGAAUGACAAGCGAUCUGGUAUACCAUAUGAGAUCUCACCACAAACGAGAGUUUGAUCCCGUAAAAAAGAAAAGGGAUGAUAAACUAAAAUGUAACAUUUGCCAUGAGACGUUUCGCGAAAGGCAUCAUCUCACGAGACAUAUGACGUCACAUGCCUGA